AUGGAGAAAAAAUGGGUUUCCGUACAGGAGAAGCUGCAGCUAGAUGUUGUACAGAAACUAAUGAGGGGAGUUAAGCGUAAUGUGCGAGCAGGCGAUGUAAUCUCCGAUUCGGGAAAUAGGUCAUACACACAGAAAAAAAAUAUUGGUAAAAUCCGCACAGUAGCGCGGCGCACCGGUAGCAUCAAUCACAACGACAAUUACAAAAUUAAUGUAGCAGUUGUGUGUAAUGCCAAUAGAAAUAAAAAUCACCCGGUCAAACCAUUCGGAAUUCUGAAUGGGGUCAGUUUGGAUUCUUCAAAUGCAACAACCGAUUCCGAAUUCAUACUGACUUCACUCAGAAUUCCGAACCGGUUCUGGAAUGGGUUUAACUGGGCAGCAGCUGGCAUCAAAAUCAAGCAACAGUACGGUGUUCAACAGAAACAAAUAUAUGAUCACCUACAAAAACCGAACCUCACAAAUAGUAUCACUGGAGAUGCUGCAAUCGUCGCAGCCAAUAGCUCAUCAAUCUCAACUUGUUCAAAUAAAACUGCCGAUAACGUCAACAGAGCCGCUGCAGUCGCACUCUACAAAGCCAACAUCGCACUCAUCAGCAACAGCUGCACACAUCGAUCAAUAUUAACUUCAGCAUAUAUUACGACUUGGUUCAAAAUCGCACCAACUACCGGUAACGUCGCUAAAAGCGGGAACAUCAGCGGCCGCGUAAUAUCGGAGAACACCGUUAGCUUCAAACAAGUGCCUUCAACGCAAACUGUCAGUAUGACGUCUGCGUCAUCAAGUGGUGAUAGAAAAGAAUUCUCCAGUACUUGCACCAUCUCCAUCACUCCCUGUUGACCAGAAGAACCCAAAUGAUGAUAUGAUACCCAACAUGAAUUCGGUUUUCAGUUUAUUAUGUACAUAAUUAUUUGUCGUUAUUAUUGAAUUUAUCUGCAUUUCUGAUUACAAUGAAUGCCAUGUUUAUUUUUCGUCUGUAAUAUCCGCUAGAAACGCAAAACUUUGAAAACGCACUAAUUUCACGUGUACAGAAAUGCAUCCUUGGUGGAGAGUUUGCUUCAACGUUCAACAAGAUUUUUUCCUUAGAGAUAACAUGCGAAUACAAACGAUAGUGAAGAUAUAACAUUAUAUGAAUUCUUUA